CUUGAUUAUUUUGCCUCAUUCUUUAUUUUAUCGAUACAUCAGCCGAAGCCCCAGUAUGGCCAGUCAGGGAGACGCAGCAAAGCGAACAGCUGGUUUACAGAAGCUCUUUGGUCAAGUAAUUCACGGCCAUCGGGAUCUUAAAACCGUGGCGGAUGGCAAUCGGUUUCUAGAGGCAUUGUGCUCAUAUGAAGAUGCUGCGAAAUGCGUCGAACGCCUGGUCGCUGGCCCAAAAGGCUACGAUGCAAUUGGCGCAGCAUUUCGUUUCUCUGGGGAUUGCUCUUUCCUGAACGGCCCAGGAAGCCGAGCAAUCCUCUAUCUUUCCAAUCCGGCUCUCAAACAACUGCACAGUGGAGGGUUCCUCCCCCGCAUUCUGAAAGCGAUCCUCGACCCUCCGACAUACUGGAAUACGAUGAUUGAAGCCCAUCAUACGGGCGUGCUCACUGCAGACGCUACCCAAGCGUUUGCAUGGCUCCUACUGGAGCUUCUUUGCUCUCAUAACGACGGCUUGCCAGAUGCCCGUUCGGUUGCGGAGCAAGUCUCUCAAAGUGGAUCGUUGGUUACCGCAGAAACUCCCGAAACGCGCGGCUUUGGGCACAAGAUUCAACAUGUUCUUCAUAGUACUUCUUCGAAUGACCUUGAUGGCCCUGGAGGACGUCACGACAAUGACUUCGCUGACUUCAAGAAAAUCAAAAUCCUGCCAACAUCCGACGAAUUUUUGAGUACCGAAAAACCAUUUUACCGAACAGCUAAUGCUAUCGAUGCUGAGGAACCUGGAAGUCGGCCAUUUGUUCAUCUCGACAAUCAGUUCCGCCUCCUACGUGAGGAUUUUAUGGGUGAGUUACGACAUGACUUCCAUGUGGCUACUGGACAGAAGAAGGGUCGCAAGAAGCUUGUUCUUUCAAACUCGACAUUGGAAGGAGUCAAUUGUGGGACCGAGUCCAGGCCCAAGGCAUGUUCUUUGAAAUUUCGUUGCGAGGCAGACAUUCCACAAUUGCAAGCAAUUGAAAAGAUACAUCUUCGUAAAGCGCAUCUUUCGGCAAAUAAGAACAUUCUGAAGCAUCUAUCUUUCGGCUGCUUGAUUAGCGAAGGAAAGGUGCUUGCUUUUGCCAACAUCGAUAGAGAUGAGGACCAGCUAGCAAAGAACCCCCCUGUUCUAACUUUGAAGAUUGCUAGUAGCUCCUCUUUCGAUCAGAUCUUGCUCACAAGUCGGCUGAAGCGAGACCUUCACUUCGUGUUGGUAGAGACAGCUGUCUUCGCAUUUGAGCCCAUCCUAAGACGCCUUCAAAAUAUGGAAACUAUACCCCUGCACCAACAGAUAUUAGGAGAGCGCAUGGAGGUUACCGAAUCAAUUUCUUCACCCCUGCUAGAUGAUAUUGUCCGGAUAAUCCGCGAAAGCUGGGAGAAUGACCUGCAGGAUGUGCUUGGGACAACUAAACAAGUGCGGUUGGAUGCUGCUCAGACCGAGUCACUACUUACCGGGCUACUAAAUCAAGUGAGCCUUAUACAAGGCCCUCCAGGGACAGGAAAAUCGUUCAUAGGCGCUUUGAUCGCGAAGAUAUUGCAUGACCGCACCGACGAGAUUCUGCUUGUCUUGACGUACACAAACCAUGCGCUCGAUCAAUUCAUCGACGACCUCCAACGCAUUGGUAUACCUCCCAACUCAAUUGUACGGCUCGGCCACCGCUCAAGUGCAGGAAACAAGGCAUUGUCUCUCUCUGGUCAGAGUUCUGACUACCGCCGCAGCAGAGAGACAUAUGAAUUGUUGGAUAAUGAGAAGAAAGCGGCGGACAGCUUCCGUGCUGCCAUCACGAAUAAAAUGAACGGAUUAAAUAACGCUCCUAUCAAGAGGAGUGAAGUCCUAGAGUUUCUAGAGUUCUCAGACGACUCGGAAUUCUUCGAUGCAUUCACCAUUCCGGAAGAAAAUGGUGAGAUGACCAAAGUAGGGAAGGGUGGCAAACGUAUUGAUCGUUUGUAUCUCCUUGAACGAUGGUUAGAUGGAAAAGGUGCUGGGAUUUUCCGAGAACAAGCUGAGAUUGAUUUUCCUACAGUAUGGAAUGUUGACCGUCGAGAACGGCCUGCUCUCUGGGACAAGUGGGUGACAGACCUUGUACAGGACCAAGCAUCGGACCUUGGUCAUCUCAUGGCACGAUACAAUAAGUGCUGCGAGAGAAUUGACCAGUUGUAUAACUCGAAAGACGGUGAUAUUUUGAGCACCAAGCGCAUCAUUGCCGCCACCACCACUGGGGCAGCAAAAUACGCAGAAGCAAUCCAAAAAGCAUCACCGGGUGUCAUACUGGUUGAAGAGGCUGGAGAGAUCCUUGAGAGUCACAUCCUAACGGCCAUGACGAUCAAGACCAAACAGCUCAUCUUGAUCGGCGACCACCAACAGCUACGACCGAAAGUCAACAAUUAUGCCUUGACGAUAGAGAAAGGAGAUGGGUUCAAUCUGAAUGUGUCCCUUUUCGAGCGGUUAGUUGUUGCGGGUUUUCCUCACACCACGCUCAAACAGCAACACAGAAUGCGCCCAGAGAUAUCAACACUGAUCAGAAAAUUGACAUAUCCAGACUUGAAAGAUGCAUCAACAACACUUGGCAGACCUGAUUUGAGGGGGUUUCAGGACAAUAUAAUGUUUCUUUCUCACGAUCAUCUCGAGCUCAAUGCUGAGCGCAUUGCCGACCGUCGGGAUGAAGGAGCAAAGACCAGCAAAGAAAAUCAAUAUGAGGCCGAAAUGGUCUUGAAGUGCGUUCGCUAUAUUGCUCAGCAAGGAUACGGCACGGAUGAUAUCGUGGUUCUUACCCCUUACUUGGGUCAACUUUACCUGCUUAUGAAACUACUCUCCACGGAUAACGAUCCUGUAUUGAACGAUUUGGAUUCAUUUGAGCUUACCCGUGCUGGUCUACUCACUUCAGCCGCCGCUGGCGUACAGAAGAGGCGGCUUAAGAUAUCCACAAUAGACAACUAUCAAGGCGAGGAAAGCGACAUUGUUAUAGUCUCUUUGACCAGGAGCAAUAAAAAUGGCGGCAUUGGAUUCAUGUACUCACCUCAAAGAGUCAAUGUUCUUCUAUCCCGGGCGAGGAAUGCAUUGAUUAUGAUUGGAAAUGCAGAGACGUUUGUGAAGAGCCGUAAAGGCCAAGAAGUAUGGGUGCCAUUGCUCGACCAACUGCGGAAGAACGGGCAUGUGUAUGAUGGUUUUCCGGUGAGAUGCGAGCAGCAUCCACAAAAAGAAGCGAUGAUAACCACAAAAGAUGAAUUCGAUUCAUUAUGCCCGGAUGGUGGAUGCGCAGAACCUUGCGGAGUGCAAUUGAAUUGUAAAAUGCACACGUGUCCACAGCGCUGCCAUCAACUUCAAGAUCAUAGCAAAAUGGCUUGUCGAGCUGUUGUUGUAUCGCAUUGUCCUCAGAAGCACAAGAUAAAGCGACGAUGUCAUGACAUAGCAGCUUUAUCAUGCAAAACUUGCGACGAGGAGGCCAAGGAGAAGCAGCGGAAGAUUCAGCGUGACUUUCAGCUCGACGAAGAAAGAAAAACGAAGCAACUGGAUUAUGCCAUCAAGCUCAAAAAAAUCAAAGACGAGAUGGAGCAUCAGAAGCGCAUUCUCCAGGACGAAGCAGAUGAGCAAGAUAUGCAGAGAACACUCGCCCAAGAGGAAAAGGACCUGGAAGAAUUCAAGAAGAGAGUUUCAACAAGAAAAGCACAGAAUAAGGCUAAAGCAACAGAGGAAGGCACAUCCCAUGGCAAACAACACACAACACAGACUACUAACAGUCAGCCAAAUCCGACCAAGUCCACGGAUUCUACAACAGCAUCUUCAUCAACCUCGAACAAAGGGUCACAGAAGAUAGAUCAGAAGAGUCCAGCCCAAGACGAUUGGGACCAUCAGAAGAAGUUUGAAGGAGCCCAGAGUGAGGCAUUGGAUGCGCUGAUGGCUAUGAUUGGCCUCGAAUCCGUGAAACAGGAAUUUCUCGCUAUCAAAGCGAAAGUCGACACUGUCGUUCGUCAACAAAUUUCUUUGAAGGAUGAGCGCUUUGGCGCCUCCUUACUUGGCAACCCUGGAACAGGAAAGACGACAGUGGCGCGCCUGUAUGUGAAGUUUCUCUUCGAAGUUGGUGCACUCCCGGGAUGCCAUUUCUUGGAGACCUCAGGAUCAUCAUUAGCAAAUGACGGCGUCUCAGCGUGUAAAUCUCAUAUUGAUACGAUCUUGAAAGAGGGAGGCGGUGCCUUCUUCAUCGACGAAGCGUAUCAGCUCGUGGCUGGUCACAAUCCUGGCGGGAAAUCAGUUCUGGACUACCUCCUUGCCGAGAUUGAGAACCUCACGGGUAAAAUUGUUUUCGUCUUAGCCGGGUAUCACAAAAACAUGGAAGCAUUCUUCGGCCACAAUCCUGGAAUUCCAAGUCGCAUCCCAAAAACUUUUGUGUUCGACGAUUACGAUGACAAGGAAUUGCAGCACAUUCUAAGCCACUACUUGCACAAGAAGUACAAUGGCUGCAUGGAAGUUGAAGACGGGAUGAGCGGCUUAUAUAUACGUAUUGCGGCACGUCGAAUAGGACAAGGACGCGGUCGUGAUGGAUUUGGCAAUGCUCGUGAGGUUCAGAAUAAGAUUUCUCAAAUUACAGACCGCCAGGCAAGACGGCUGCACAAAGAAAGAAGGGAGGGCUUACGGCCAAACGACAAUUUCCUCAGCAAGGUUGAUCUGAUUGGGCCGGAACCAUCCUCUGUACUUCAGAAUAACAAAGCAUGGAACAGACUGAAGGAGAUGAUUGGGUUGAAGGCAGUCAAGGAAGCUAUUCAAGUACUGCUGGAUGGACUGCAGACCAACUACCAUCGCGAACUAGAAGAAAAGCCUCUGGUUCAAUAUUCAUUGAACAAAUGUUUCAUCGGUUCACCUGGAACAGGGAAAACGACGGUUGCCAAACUCUACGGACAAAUACUGAAAGAUAUUGGCUUUCUAUCGAAUGGAGAAGUGGUAGUCAAGAACCCAGCGGAUUUUGUCGGAAACGUUCUUGGGCAAUCAGAAAGUAACACCAAAGGCAUCCUGGCAUCUACCAUUGGUAAAGUCUUGAUCAUUGACGAGGCAUACAUGCUUGCCGGAGGAGGUACUGCUGAUAUAUACAAGACGGCCGUAAUUGACACUUUGGUGGCCGAGGUCCAAAGCACACCUGGCGAGGAUCGAUGCGUGCUCUUACUCGGAUAUAAAGAUCAGAUGGAAGAAAUGUUGCGAGAUGUGAACCCAGGGCUCGCUAGGCGAUUUCCUCUUGAUUCUGCGUUCGUGUUUGAGGAUUUCACUGACUCCGAGCUUCGACGAGUUCUCGACCUUAAAUUGAAAGACACUGGUUUCGAAGCAACUGAUCAAGCUAAGUCAACAGCUAUGGAAGUCCUCAAGCGAGCUCGAAAUCAACCCAACUUUGGUAACGUAGGCGAGGUAGAUAUCAUCCUCGACCGAGCCAAGGCAUUGCAUCAAAAACAUCUCACCGGAGGCAUGGUGUCGAGCAAAGACACAUUUGAUGCCAUUGAUUUUGAUCCAAACUUUGAUAGGACAGCACGGGCAGCUAUCGAUCUGCCAUUGCUCUUCCGCGAUGUGGUGGGAUGUGAAGACCUCAUCAAACAGCUUCAGGGCUAUCAAACAACAGUUGCAAACAUGAAAGCCCUUGGCUUGGAUGCACGUGAGCAAAUUCCAUUCAACUUUUUGUUCAAAGGGCCGCCAGGCACUGGCAAAACAACUACUGCCCAGAAGAUGGGCAAAGUAUUCUACGACAUGGGCUUCCUAGCACAGGCAAAAGUGAUCGAAUGCUCUGCUACCGAUAUGAUCGGCCAGUACGUCGGCCAUACAGGACCUAAAGUUCAGAAACUACUUGAAAAGGCGAUGGGUAAGGUACUCUUCAUUGACGAGGCCUACCGCCUAGCAGAAGGCGGUUUCGCGAAUGAGGCUAUGGAUGAGCUUGUCGACUGCUUAACAAAGCCGCGGUUUGCACAGAAGCUUGUCACUAUACUGGCUGGAUAUGAUGAAGACAUGAACAGGCUCAUGAGUAUCAACCCUGGGCUCACGAGCAGAUUCCCAGAAUCAGUCAUAUUCCGGGCUUUAGAGCCGCCUACAUGCCUGAAGCUUCUGAUAAAUGUCCUAUCUGACUUACGCAAGCGAAAGCAGGUACCUUUGGAUCUUGGAGUACUUUCGCCUCCUUCAGCGCAACUUUCCAAGAAAGUUAUUGAGCACUUUCGACUUCUUGCGACUUCGAAAUCAUGGGGAAAUGCUCGAGAUGUCAAAUCCUUGGCGAAGUCAAUGUUUGGUAGCUUGAUUUCUGCACCUGGUGAACUUCCUACCAAGCUUGUCCUGACAGAAGAUAUCAUCCUCACGGUCAUGGAGACUAUGUUGAAAGAACGUUCCCAUCGCAAUGAAGCUGCGGGUACAUCGCGCUUUCCGCUCAUGCAGCGAGCCCAGCAACCGCAACAAAGCAAUAGCCAGGACCGAGGCAAUAACCAGCCUGAUAUCAAACUUGACACUUCUGUUUCCCCGGGCGAGCCGCCGACCAAGAAAUCUGAAGUCGUAAAGGAGCUUGCCGAGGAGCAAGCGCGGCCGCAGCCUCAGAGUAACGAUGGUCGCGAUCCGAAUGUAUCGGAUGAGGUGUGGCAUCAAUUGGAAGACGAUAAACGCCUAGCACUUGAGCGUGAGAAAGAGCUCCAACACCUGCUCCAUGAGAAGAUCUUGGAGGAGAAAAAGAUCGCUGAGCUCGGACGGACGGAGCAGGCUGCACUUGAAGCAGAAGAAAGACGCAAACUAGAGGAAGAGAAAAUCCGACGUGAGGUAGAACGACAAAGGAGAGAGGAGGAGCAAAAGAUUGCUGAGCUCAAACGGGAAGAGCAGGCUGCACUUGAAGCCGAAGAAAAACGUAAAUUGGAGGAAGAAAUCAUUCGGCGAGAGAUGGAGCGACGCAGGCGAGAAGAGGAGCAAAGGAUUGCUGAGCUCAAGCGGGCAGAGCAAGCUGCACUUGAAGCAGAACAAAGACGCAAAAUGGAGGGAGAAAUGAUGCGACGAGAGAUGGAGCGGCGAAGAAGAGAGAAAGAGUUAUUGGAAAGGGAGCGCGAAAGGAAAAGGGAGAUGGAAGUACAGGAAAAGCUGAGGAUGAUGGGCGUGUGCUGUCAAGGCUUCAUGUGGAUUAAACAGUCUGGUGGAUAUCGAUGUGCGGGUGGAUCUCAUUUUAUGAGCAAUUGGGCUCUGGGCCUCUGAGCUCUUUACUUUGCGAAUUUAAGAACGUGUACAAACAAUCAUGAUACACGUUUAUAUAGUUGAAGUGUAUUUGUUGAGAUCUCUUGUCGUUGGAACGAUAAUGGUCCCAGGCAUGAGCUUUUGGUUUACGCGAUUGAAGGCCAGAAACGACCCAGUAUUCGAGUUCUUCAAUUUCUAGGUUACGCC